AUGAGAGAAGUCAAUUUUAGCAUCCCCAAUGUCAAUAAGGCAUCCGUGGGCAUCACCACGGCCCUCUACGAUCGACGAGCGCUCGAUUGCACCUCCACCCUCCCACUAAUCAACUCGCUAAAUCAUCUCGCAUACCUUACAACGUCAUCGGCUCGAAUAAGAGAUAUCUUGACGGUCGAUGGAGGUGUCGAGAGAUUGGUCUGCCUGCUCAAGGCUGGGCGUAGCAAGGACAUGAUGGACAUGUGGAAGUGGAAUCUGGCUUUCCAGUGUGUUGUGAAUAUUGGCGUCAGAGGUUCAGAGAACGUGCGCACGAGAGUGGUGGAAGCCGAUAUGGUCCCAGUCAUUGCUACGAUACUCGACAAUUAUAUCAAGGUCGUCGACAGGUGUCGUGAGAAAGCAGAGGAGGCCAAGAAGGCGCAAGAGCACAGAAUGCACCAAUCUUCACGAAACGGCGAACACAGGGGAUCUCACAAAGGGGCUUCAUUUGGAAAUCGCCCCUCUCGUUUCGACGUGGAAUUCCGGACAUCUCGAAGACAGCCUCCUCCAUCUAUCGAGAUUCCAGCCACAAUCACUAAUGAUGCAUUGACGGCUGCGUCGGACGCCAUGGAUACAACCCCAACUGGGCCUCUAAUUACCCUUACACCUCAGCCCGAGAGAACCACAUACCCUACCCCUAGACACCACCACCACCAUCAUCACCACCACAGGGGUCAAGACUCCAGACCGCCCUUCUUACCUCCUUCCCGACACAACAUCCAGCCUUUGGUGACCGCAGUCCCCUCCAUGGACGCAGCGGAUGGAUUCAGCGUUAGACCCGUCCGCGAUGCUGAGCGUCUGCCAUCCAUGGUUUCCGGGUUCCAUAGCGGCGUCACUUCGCUGCCCGAAUCUCCGACAACUCCUCUUCCUCCCAACUCGAUGCGAUCGCCAACUGUGCAUCCUGCAUCUGCGGCAGCGCAAGUAGUCCGCUCCAGGAGGCGGCCAUCAAUCCGCCACCUGGCUUCGAUGGUCGGUGAGCCUGAGGAUCCUAAUGCUGAUAGCAUGGCCUCUGACGAGUCUGGAGAGCCAGAGAUAUCUGGCCUUGAUGCCGGAGAUAUUCAAUCGACUGUGAAUAUUCAGGAUAUCAGCAUGGAUGAGGCUGAUAGCAUGCUCACGGCUGUCGAGACUCCUCUAGGGCUGACGACCCCGAGUGUUUCUGAAGCUCAAGAUGCGGAAACUUUCAACAUCACACACCGCUCCGCCAGCCUGAUCAACGACGCCACGACUCCCAAUGGGCCGAAUAUGGGUUUAUCACCAGCCCAACCUACCGCUGUAAACACCACUCCGGCGAUGCACAAUGCUACGAUCCCUCGAUAUCUUCUCGACCGACCAACCCCUACCAGCGGUCAAGUGCUCGCGGCUAUGCCGAGGGAUGAGGACGUUCUCAUGUCCCUCCAGCUCCUCGCAUACGUCUCGAAAUACUGCAACCUCCGAUCCUACUUUCAAAAUUCGCACCUCGUUCCAAAACUGAAGAUUGGUUCAGAAUUGCACCUGCUCGAUGUUGAUGAUGGCAGUCCUUUCUCCCCAUCAUCCUCGUCUUCCUCAUCUUCUCCUCGCUCGAUCCCCGCUUGUGAUUCUGAGGAAGAAGAAUACCUCCUCCCAGACGAUUUCAACAUCUUCCCUCUGGUCGAAAAGUUUACUGUUCGACAUCACAGUCAAGACAUGCAAUACUGGGCUGGAGUCGUAAUGCGUAACCUUUGCCGGAAGGACGAUAGCCGUGGCGGCAUCAGACAAUGCGCAUACUAUCAGUGUGGAAAGUGGGAAGAGUUCACCAGGCAAUUUGCCAAAUGCCGCAGAUGCCGGAGGACCAAAUACUGCAGCAAAGAGUGCCAAAAGAGUGCCUGGGUCUUCCACAGGCACUGGUGCGUCGCAGCUUCAACAUAG